GCCACAGCGGCGUAUCACCUCUCUGCACCCGGCGAAAGUGAGCCUUCACGGGGGAGCUAAGACAUCACACCGGAUGCCUCUAUGCUCCAGUUAACCGUACAGCGAGAUACAGUGUUCAGUUUGCACAAGAGGUGAGCCAUGGCUGAACCAAACCCCUCCCGCCCCCAAAGGAAGAUGUCCACCGCUGGGGAGAGCGUGUACAAGGUGCUCGGGCUGGAGAAAGGAGCGACGGCCGAGGACAUCAAGAAGGCAUACAGGAAGCUCGCGUUGAAGUACCAUCCGGAUAAGAACCCGGACAACCCGGAGGCAGCGGAUAAGUUUAAGGAGAUUAACAGCGCCAACUCUAUCCUCAAUGAUGAGACCAAGAGGAAGAUCUACAACGAGUACGGCUCCAUGGGCCUCUACGUGUCCGAACAGUUCGGCGAGGAGAGCGUCAAAUAUUACUUCCUCAUGUCCAAAUGGUGGUUUAAGGGUCUGGUGCUGUGCUGCACGAUGUUCACCUGCUGCUGCUGCUGCUGCUGCUGCUGUUUCUGCUGCGGGAAGUGUAAACCCCCGGACGACGACGGAAACUACCAGUACGUCAACCCCGAAGACCUGGAGGCCCAAAUCAAGGCGGAGCAGGACGGAGGUUACACAGUAAUCAUAGGCCAGCCCAAAUCUAAUCCGGGUCCAGAAAACCCAGAAGGCCAGAGUCAGCAGCCCAUCCCCAUACCACUGCCCAUGCCUCCCCCCGAGCCCCAGUCGCAGACCUCAGCCAGUCCAACGCGGGAAGAAAACCCCGGAGAGACCCUACCAGAGUCGAAAUGACUCGAAAGUGACGGUGCAAAUGAGCCUCAACUCGGGGAAGCAGCCGUUCGAGCCCCGAGGAUGAUCCAGCCACAUUUGACUGCUGCCAGAGACCAACCAGCCCAAAGCCACCAGCCGGCCCAGGCCCACACCUCAACCCCCCUGAUCGACCCCCUGGACCACACCUGUAAAGUGGGCCCCGAAAGGCUCUUGUCCUCCACAACCCCCCCGCCCAAGUUAUGGAGGGGGCAUUCGUGCAAAUUUAAAUUGCUGGGCUCUGAAAGUGCUAAUAUGCUCCCUGAAAAUGUUAGUCCCCUUUCUCCUCCCAGCUGCGUACUUUUAGCCUAGCCUGGGCUGGAUGUGGUCUUGCCAGCCGUUUCAGUCAUCCCAGACUAGGCUUUGCGACAUGCCCGGAUUUCCUCACUAAUCUGUUCUCGUCAUUCCAUAACUACCAGAGAGGACUGAGCUGCAGGAUGGCAACACCAGUGAGACACAAGGGCAAACCACAUCAUGAACGGGUGAUCCUCUUUAUGUACCUGCUAACCAGACCAGGACUGGAUUUAUCUCCCUCCUAACCGCCCUUGCGUCUUCCUCCAUUUUAGACUCUUUUUUUUAAUGUACAUUUCUCCCCUUUUUAUCUAGUUUUGGAGUUGUUGUCCUCCGAGGUUAAAAAGAAGGAUGUUUUGGAUGCCACUUGUGACUGCUGCACAGCGACGUAGGUGUGGAGGAGCGCUUCUUGUUUCCUCGUCCUUCAGUCUCCUUUCAACAAGCAGUCGCGUUCAGUUAAAUAUUAGCGCCCUCCUAACACGCUCAAGAUGCCACGUGCGGUGCUGUUAAAUCUAAUUCUUUCGACGGAGUACCGGAGGAGCGACGUUUUAUAAUCGUCGGGACCCUACGACGUGUCCGACGACCGCGAGGAGGGGGAACCGAGGAGAAGUGACUCGGCAGCAGGGACUGACGGAGGAGCGUGUUCGAUGUUAAAUGUCUGAGCCAAAACCCGGAACUGAAGGUGUAGAGCCUGGAUCGGGAGCAGCGCCGAGGCUUUCCUCCCCAGCGUGCAUGCAUUUCUUUCCCUGAAUGCAUUCCCCCCCUCCUCCACCUCCCCCCCAACUCCUGUACAGCACUGGAAUACAGUCCACACUCGAACCAUCAACAUGACCUGCAGAAUCUGGCUACAUGCACACACACUCUCACACACACACACAUAUCUGUACCAGCCCUUAUGUCAUCAUGUGCCACCAUGGGCUUAAAAAGAAAGAUCUAACCCCCGGUGUAAUCUAUUGACUAACAUGGACGAAGACAGAGUUGCUAUACGGAGGAGGAGAACCACAUUUCUAUGACUUGAUUAUGUUUUGUUUGGUAGACCAAAGCCAACAGCUCCGUGGAGCCCGCCGGCCCACGAUGACUCCGGUCGAGGCCGACAGUCCGUCACAGUUCACGUUGUCAAAGUGUUUUUUUUAGAAUCCACGUUUGGGUCUAUGCACCUCGCGAAGCGGGUCCGUUGCCAUUUCACGUGGUUUUAACCUCAGUCCAGGGCUUUAGUUUCCCUCGUACUUCCGGAACCACAGAAGCCGUCAGCUCUUUAAGCUACUUGAUGAACUAUGAACUCGGGUCCAGAUUCACGAAGACUGCAUCGCCAGGGCAGAUCGUCUGACUUCAUUCAGCCUCAAGUUGCAUUUUCAUCCAUUCCUUGGAUUCACAUAAUGGUCAGCAGAUCCAUUUGUGGCCCUUUUUUUGAAUAAGAUCACUGAGAAAGCAAAUGUCCCUUUUUGCUUCUCUUCCAUCUAUUUUAGUUGGAGGACUAAUUUAUUAAGUGGUGCUUCUUUGCGCCACCCAGUUCCUCUUCCUCCUCUUCCUCUGCUUCCUGACUCCACGAUGACAGUGGUGUGCCUUCAAUAAGUGCAGCGGUGACGGAACAGACGGAAAUGCAACAUGUUGAUGACUGUUUGUUGUUUAGGUGAGAAAUCAUCUGUGUUUACACACACACACACACACACACACACGGCUGUGAGAAGAGGCUUCAGUCCUUAGUUCUGCUCUUGGCUGUCUCAUUUUCUUAUUUAUUGCUCCUCCCUGUGCAAACCCUUCAGUGAAUCUGGAUCAGUGUUUCAUCUGCCCGGUGACAACAGCCACCAGGGAUGAUCCUGACUUUUGUAACAAAAACAAGUUUACACAUACUUUAUUUUUUCGUUUUCUUUUUUUUUAAUACACUGCAUGUUCACUCAAUCUUUUAGCUCACUUUAAUUUGACAUUUGGAUGGAUUGUGGGUUGUGGUCUAGUCAGAAAGGAGCAUUCUCACCCAUCAGUCACAGGCACUUUGUCAGAGCAGCUGCAGCUAGACAUGGGACAAUAUUGGAAUUUAAUGUCACGGUGAUACUAAAAACAAAAAUAAUGACGAUUCGUUACAUUUUCCCGAUAAUCAUCAAUAUGUGCUCACAACUUUUUAAAAAGCAAUUAAACAGACUGGAACCACUUUACCGAGGGUAUUGUCAAGGAAAAAAAUCCCUAAUCUUCACAUUUUAAGGUACGCCUGCAUGAAUAAAUAAAAGAUAAAAAAUAAUA